AGCGAGAAAUCCAUCACCGUCCUUCGGGACCAACCCGCUUUCAUCCCACAGCCCUCAGCAGUGCCGGCAUGGUCCAACGAGAGGACUUAUGAGAAGACUCUGCAGCGAGAAAGAGAGAGAUUGGGCACUUGGAGGUCAAGCAGCCGAGGCAGCGCCUCGUCAUCCUCCUUCAUGGCGCACUGGCACCAAAGGGCGUCGUCCUCGAGGCCGUCAUCUCGCCGGCCGCAGAUAUCGGGUCCCACGAACUUCCGCCAUCUGCAAUCAGAGUCGUUCCAGUUUGCCGGCACCCAGGGCUCGCCGGGGACUUACAUGUCGCCGUACAUCCAGGAGCGGCCCAUGUCGUUCCGGCCGCUCGAGCUAAGCAUCUACGCGCCCGAGAACCAGCUCUCACCCAUAUUACCACAUCUUGCUGGCGUCAACGACCUCGUCUCGCCGCCGCCACCUGCGCACACCUCGCUCGGCUCCAAAUGGGACUCGAGCACCGCAACCCUCACCCACGAGCGGAGCUACUCGUCCAUGUCCUUCCACCUCCCACGCAAGCACCUCCGCCAGGGAUCCAACAUGUCUCAGGCCUCGCAGAACUCUCUCACGCCGCCCAGGCAAAGUUCGCUGAACCCGCCCAAGAUCCCACCAAAGUCGAAGGCGCGCGCAUACACGGCGCCCAGCGUCGACAGGAUAGUCGAGCGCAUCGCCAGCGCCAUCCUCGAGAAGGAGCGGUUGGAAGCCGAGAUCGAGUCUGUCAUUGAGCGCCAGAGCAUCUACAUCAGCAGCCGUCCAUCGACUGCCUACAGCGUACGAAACUUUGAGCCAAUGCCGUCGAUUCCGGCGCUUCCUGCUGCGGCACCGUCGUUUGCAGAACGGCUCAGCACCGAGGGCCGGCCACGAACUGCGCCGUCUCGGAUUUCCAACAACGCGAGCCCCGGAGACAGCCGCUCCGGGCGGUCCGGAGAGAACUCGCUAUCGUCGUCGCCCAGGCAGCAGUUCAACGACGGCACCGGCGGCGGCGGCGGCAGCAGCAGCAGCAACCGGCCGCUGGCCCCGCCGCUGCCGCUGGUGCUCCGGCCGCCGCUGCGCAAGAAGAAGUCCUUCUCAAGGGUGUCGAGCUGGCUCUUCCCCAACAUCGGCAGCAGCAGCAGCAACGCCGACGACGACCAGAUACAGCAACAGCAGCAGCAGCACCGCCGCGACAUCAGCCUCGACUCCAUCACCAACAAGCCCAAGCCGGUGCGCGGCGGCGAGGGCUUCUACCAGUGCGUGGCGCCGCCGCGCACGAGCAUGGACACGCUCGAGUCGGCGUCGUCGUCGACGUGGGAGACGCGCGACGAGGAUGACGAAGACGACGAAGACGACGACGACGACGACGACGAGUUCAGCAAGACCCACACCGUCCCCACCACCACCUGGUCGCCCGGCAGCAGCCCUGUCAUCCAGAACACGCCCAAGCACACGCCCACCAUUGAGCAGAUCACCGAGUUUGCCGCCGCCGCCGCCUCCGGGUCCGUCCUCAAGGUCCCCGGCAAGGCCCAGCCGAGCCAGACCCACCAGACCCAGACCCAAACCCUGUGUCACUGCCGGACUAGGGUUCGGGGUUGCAGUUGGCGAUGGCCGUCAUCUCGGUGCGAGUGUGUUUCAAAUUCCCACCCAAUAUUGGUUGGCUACAACAUGACGGCUUCGCCCGCUCCCUCUCCUUCUCCCUCUCCCCAAUAUACGCGACCGCAUAUGUAUAUCUCUGGCACGGCCGCCAUCACCAAGGUUGCCGCGCGAUUCGGGGCGCUUCGUACCUUGCAGAGAGCGGCCGCCCUGGCUAUAACCGAGGCACGCUGCAUACGCGAGCCCGGCCGGGGACACAAGGGCAAUCAGCCCGUCGUUAACGCGUCCCACUCGUGGGGCCAGUACUCGCCCUUCUUCUCGGUGCCCUCCAAUAUUUCUACCCACGUGCCUGCCGGCUGCGCCCUCACCUUCGUCCAGCUUCUCCAUCGCCAUGGCUCCCGGUUCCCGACGGCCAACAAGUCGGCAGCCUACAACGAAUCCAUCACCAAGAUUCACGACACCGUCACCCACUAUGGCCACGACUUCGCCUUCAUCAAGGACUACCAGUACACGCUGGGAGCCGACCAGCUGACCCACUUCGGCCAGGAAGAACUGGUCGACUCGGGCGUCUCCUUCUACCAGCGGUACAAGUCGCUCAUCAGCGCCUCGCCGAAGCUGCCCUUUAUCCGGGCGUCUGGUCAGGAGCGCGUCGUCAUGUCGGCCCAGAACUGGACUCAGGGCUUUCACGACGCUCUGGUAGCAGAAGAUCCGUCAGCCGGACCCAACGACGACCUCCCCUACGACAUCCUCGUCAUCCCUGAGGCCGAUAACGUCAACAACACGCUAAACAACAAGCAGUGCCCGGCUUUCCAAAAACCCCCGUACUCGGAGGUUGGCGAAAAAGCGCAGGAGGUCUACGGCGAAAGGUUCACCAAGCCCAUCAUCGCCAGGCUGAAGAAGGGCCUGCCGGGCGUCGAGUUCUCGAAGCCGUCGCACGCCGUCGCCUUCAUGGACCUGUGCCCAUUCGAGACGGUAGCAUCGCCAGCAGGGCAGCCGCCGUCGCCGUUCUGCGGCCUCUUCUCGGCGCACGAGUGGGCCGGCUACGACUACUACCAAAGCCUGGGCAAGUGGUACGGGUACGGGCGGGGGAACCCGCUGGGGCCGACGCUGGGGGUGGGCUGGGUCAACGAGCUGAUCGCGCGGCUGACGGGCAAGCACGUGGUCGACCACACGAGCACCAACGCCACGCUCGACGGCGACGCCGCCACCUUCCCUCUCGGCCGCACCCUCUACGCCGACUUCAGCCACGACAACGACAUGACCGCCAUGAUAGCCGCCCUCGGCCUCUACGCCGACACGCCGCCCCUCUCCAACACCACGCGCCACCCCGCGCGCGACACGGGCGGCUUCUCUGCCAGCUGGACCGUGCCCUUUGCCUCGCGCAUCUACGUCGAGAAGAUGACGUGCGGCAGCGGCAGCGCGGAGCGUGACGCCGCCGACGAGCUCGUGAGGGUCAUUGUCAACGACCGCAUGGUGCCGCUGACGCUCUGCGAGCCCGACGACCUCGGCCGCUGCGAGCUGGGCAAGUUUGUCAAGAGUCUCGACUUUGCCCGGCACGGCGGCCUGUGGGAUCUGUGCACUAAAUGA